AUGGAUUCAUUGAUCAUUGAGGGGUGUAAUAAACUUGAAAAUGUUUUUCCUCGUUACAUGGUUGGAAGAUUUCGGAGUGUGUGCAACCUGAAAGUUAAUGAUUGCACGUCAAUGAAAGAGAUAUUUGAUCUCAGAGGUUGUGGAAAACCUAAUGCUGAAUAUAUGAUGAACUUGCAAAAUUUUCAUGUACAAGCACUGCCGAAAUUGGAGCAUGUAUGGAACGGAAACCCAGAAGGGAUUCUUAAUUUCAAAAAUUUGAAAAAGAUAUUGGUUCAAGAGUGUCUCAACUUGAAACAUAUAUUUCCAGUUUCAAUAGCCAUGGGUCUUGAGCAACUGGAAUGCCUUGAGGUCAGGAAUUGUGGUCAGUUGAAGGAAAUUGUUUCUAGGGUGGAAACAAACGAGGUGACGUUCAAAUUUCCUGAACUAACCACUGCCAGAUUUUUCGAACUGCCCAACCUUGAGGGUUUCUGCGGGGGAACACAUGAAUUAUGUUGUUCAAUACUGAAUGACUUAUCUUUGGAACAAUGUCACAAGUUCAAGCUUUUCAUAACAGAACUAAAGCCAUUCUUCUCGCCUAAAGAGGUGAUUUACAACUUGAAGUCCAUGCAAAUAGAGGAGCAUGAUGCAUAUCCUUUAAAGAGAUAUAUGGGCAACUAUCGAAUGCACAAAUUAGAAGAGUUUCAGUUAUCAGGAUUACAAGAUACAUACAUUCUAGAUUUUUUCCUCCAUAGAAAUCCUAAUCUGAAACGCCUAUUGUUGAGUAAUUGUUUAGUUAAGCAAUUCGUGCCUCAGAUAAGUCUUGCUGAAAAAUCAGGGGUUGUUCCAAAGCUGAAAAGCUUGAAGUUAGUGAACUUACCUUCUCUUGAGAAGAUAGGUUUUGAAGAAUACAAAGUACUCUUUCGAAUGCUAGAGUGCUUGAUUCUAGAGGAAUGUCCAUGUCUGAACGCCAUAGCGGCUUCCUCAGUUUCUUUCACUUACUUGACAAAUCUGGAAGUGAAAAACUGUGAUAAAUUAAGCCAUUUAAUGACUGCAUCAACUGCAAAAAGUUUGGUUCAACUCACCACAAUGAAGGUAAGUCAAUGUAAAUCAAUGGUGACCAUUGUGUUAGAGCCAGAACACCAAGAAAAGAUUGAUUUCAGAGAAUUGAAGGAAAUAGAGCUUGUAUCUCUACAAGAACUUGAAAGUUUUUGUGGCUCCAAUCUUUGUAUCCUUACCUUUCCGUCGUUGGAAAAAUUCGUAGUGCUUGCAUGCGACAAGAUGGAAACAUUUACGUCUCCUGAACAAGUCAACUCGACACCAGUUUUAAAACAAGUAUCUGUUAGAUAUGGAAGGGGCGAACAAAGAAGUUACUGGAAAGGCGAUUUAAAUUUUACAAUACGACACAUGUACAAGAAUUGGGCUCUUGAUAAAGACAACAUGUCAGCUUCCAAUCCUUUGGAAGCUCUCCAGAGCUCUCAAUUGAAGACUUUGGUGCUGACGAAUUGUCAAUAUGGCGCGAAUGCUAUUCCUACUAAUCUUUUCACUGGGUUGAAGAACUUAGAAGAAUUGGAAGUCAGCAGCAGCACAAUUGUAAACGUAAUAUUUGACAAAUUCGAGACUGAUAAGAUGAAGGGAUAUACCUUUCCGUUGAAGAAAUUAAUCUUGCGUGGGUUGCCAAAUUUGAAACAUGUAUGGGAUAAGGAUCAAGAACGAAUUUUCAGCUUUCAAAAUCUGCAGCAAGUAUGUGUUACUGAUUGUCACAAGCUGGAAACACUUUUUCCUGUAGAACUGGCUAAAAGAAUUGAGAGGCUCCAGAAACUGGAAAUAAAAAAGUGUGGAGGGUUUGUACAAAUUGUUCAAGAGGAGAAGGACACAAUAGAAGAAGAAUUUUCAUUUCCUCGUUUAAGCACACUGAAUCUGCAUUUGUUGCCACAAUUGAGUUACUUUUAUCCUGGACCAUUUACUUUGGAAUGCCCCGACUUAGAUCAUUUAGAGGUGUUAUUUUGUGGUAACUUUGAAUCAUUUCAAAGUCCGCAAGAGGCUCAAAGUUCUACUUCAGUUUAUAGACAACCCCUUUUCUCCCAGAAAGAGGCUAAUUUCAUUUUGGAGUCACUGAAGCUGGAUUGGAAAAACACUAUGAUGCUAUGUAAUGGAAAGUUUCCAGAAGACAUGCUUCAUAAAUUAGUUGAACUUGAACUUGAUUUUGAUGAUGUCAACGAGGUGUCAAAUUUUCCCAUUGUGCUACUUGAAAAGGCGUUCAAUUUAGAAUAUCUUGAAAUAAGGCGAUGCAGGGGUCUUGAGGAGUUACUCCCUUCUCAACCUCAACUAGGUGGACAUGUGACAACAUCAGUACAUUCAACACCGUCAUUCUCCAGACUCAAAAAGUUGUCCAUAAAGGAAUGCCAUGGAUUGAGGUAUUUAUUUACAUCCUCAAUUGCAAGAAAGCUGGUACACCUUGAGUUGAUGCAAGUAACACUAUGUGAAUCAAUGCAAGAAAUAUUGGCAAAAGAGAAUGAAGAAAUUACCCCAGAGGCCAUAAAAUUGGAGCGACUCAACACAAUAAUUCUAGACUCUCUAUCAAGCCUCCACUGUUUUUAUUCGGGCAGUGACACUCUCCAAUUUCCAUCUCUGAUACAUGUGCGCGUGGAGAAAUGCCCUAAGAUGAAGAGUUUCUCCACAGCAGACGCGGAAUCCUUAUCAGGAAUUCGACUCACGUUAGAUGGAAAACCUAUCUUACACCAAGAUAUUAACAGCACCGCGAAGAUAAUCCAAGGAUCGGAGUUUUUUGAAGCUGUGGACAAGGAAUGUUUUUCUGAUGGUCGUGAGCAACAAGCAGCCUUGGAUGGUGAAGUUGGUCUGCAAAACAACUGGUUUAGUAAUUUGGUUGAGGAAGAGCAAGCAACAGAUAUAACAUCUGAUGAUAAAUAUUGUAAUGAGUAUUUUGAAGCCUCGGACAAUGAGUGUUCUCCUAGUCUUGAUGAAACAAUCUUGCGGGGUAAUGUUAAGCAACGAAAGAUAUGGUUGCGCAAUUUGAAAAGAGUGAAGCUGAAAAGGUUCACCCGAGCAUAUGCAAUUUCAUCUGAUAUUCUUCCUCAUUUAAAGAAAUUAGAAGAAUUGGAAGUUAAGAAUAGCGACCAAGUACAGGAUUAUUUUGAAGCCUCGGACAAUGAGUGUUCUCCUAGUCUUGAUGAAACAAUCUUGCGGGGUAAUGUUAAGCAACGAAAGAUAUGGUUGCGCAAUUUGAAAAGAGUGAAGCUGAAAAGGUUCACCCGAGCAUAUGCAAUUUCAUCUGAUAUUCUUCCUCAUUUAAAGAAAUUAGAAGAAUUGGAAGUUAAGAAUAGCGACCAAGUACAGGACUAUUUUGAAGCCUCGAACAAUGAGUGUUCUCCUAGUUUUGAUGAAACAAUCUUGCGGGGUAAUGUUAAGCAACGAAAGGUAUGGUUGCGCAGUUUGAAAAGAGUGAAGCUGAAAAGGUUCACCCGAGCAUAUGCAAUUUCAUCUGAUAUUGUUUCUCGUUUAAAUAAAUUAGAAGAAUUGGAAGUUAAGAAUAGCGACCAAGUACAGGAGUAUUUUGAAGCCUUGGACAAGAAGUGUUCUCCUACUUUUGAUGAAACAAUCUUGCGGGGCAAUGUUAAACAACAAAACAUAUGGUUGCGCAAUUUGAAAAGACUGAAGCUGAAAAGGUUCACCCGAGCAUAUGUAAUUCCAUCUUAUAUUCUUCCUCUUUUAAAGAAAUUAGAAGAAUUGGAAGUUAAGGAUAGCGACCAAGUAGAGGUAAUUUUUGACAUAAGUGACAAUGAGAAACUCACAACAUUCCCACUGAAGGUAUUGACUUUAAAACGACUAUCAAAGCUGAGAAAAGUUUGGGAAAUGAAUACUGAAGGAGACACCUUUUCACUUCUAAGAGAGGUCGUUGUCAGUAGUUGUGAAAACCUGCAAACUUUAUUUUCCAUGGCAAAAAAUCAUAAGCAGCUCGAGAAACUUGAAAUAGAUUCUUGUGAUAAAUUGCUAGAAAUGGUUGACAAUGAAGAAGGCACAUUAGCAGAUGCCACAAAAAUGUUUGUAUUCCCUUAUUUAGAGAAACUGUAUCUUCAUGACUUGCCAGAACUCACUUACUUUUACCCUGAAACAUUCACUCUGAACUGCCCCUCCUUAAAUCAAUUAGCUGUGUUGUAUUGUCAUAAGUUGAAGUUGUUUCCAAGUGUAUAUCCCUCGGAAGAUGGUGAAGGUAUAGUGAACAGACUAUCUCUUAUCUCAGAUGAAAAGGUAAAGCAAAGCAUCACAGAAUCUGUUAUUCCCAACAUGAAGGUAUUGAAUCUUGAUUGGAAACACAUUUCAGCAUUAAGCUUAUGGUUUAAGUUAGAACAAUUUAUGGAAGACCUUGAACAUUUACAAGAAGUUUCCCUGUCAUGCUUUCACCCGGAUGAGAAUGAGAAGCCUGUGUUGCAAUUUGAAAUACUCCAAAAGGCACCCAAUUUAGAAGCACUAGAUAUGGGGUUUUUAAGUAGUCCUGAGAUAUUUCUAGCACAAACCCUCAAAAUUGGGGAGGAUGGGAUUCUUGGACAGUUAAAAACAUUGAACCUAUAUGAAGUAUCCAAUCUCCACUCAAUGGAGUCAGAGGACAAAUCAUUGUUAAACACAAUCUGUGAGAAGCUUCAUGAAUUAAAUGUUUUCAGCUGUCAUAAUUUGACAACAUUAAUACAUUCAGUGUCCUUCUCUUGUCUAAAGAGGGUGAAAGUGUACGACUGUCCAGACAUUCAGUUUUUGUUCACAUCCUCAGCAGCCAAAACGUUAACGAACCUUGAGGAAAUCACAGUCCAGGAAUGUGAAUCAGUGAAAGAAAUAGUGGCUAAAGAGAGAGAGGCAACUUCAGAAAUUAAAUUUGAGCGAUUGCAUACCAUUAUUCUAGAAUCUUUACCAAGUCUGAUAUGUUUUUACUCAGGAAGUGACACUCUCCACUUACCGUCUUUAAUCAAUGUGGAUAUAACCGAAUGCUCCAACAUGAAGAUUUUCUCACAAGGAGACAUAGUUGCAAAUGAAGAUUUGUUCUCCAACCAAAACCUUCUCGCCAACGUAAAAAGGAUGUUCCAACCACAGGUUCAAGGAAUCAGGGACACUCAGAAUGCAAAAAUAUGA